AUGUCUGCCCCAGAGCUGCGCGAGUGGCUUCAAGGAGACCUGUCUAAAGCAUCAGGUUGGCAUAAAUCCGACUCGAGCGACACUGAAACUAUUGGUCAUGAGAGUGGAAGAAAAAUCGUGUCGAUCCUAGAACACAACCCUGACAAAGAUCCAAGUCAGUACGAUAGCGAUGACUUACAGCAUAUGCGACGGGUAGUCGCUUAUUGCAAGAGGCACCUGGCCCAGGAGGAGACGGCGAAGCGAAAUACGAAUAGCAAAAGCUACAAAAGUCUGAAAAAUUGGGGUCAUGAUCCAUUGAAGACCUGAACGUCCAUUGAUCUUACAAUAUUUAUGACGUGGAAAUCUUGUUACACCUCAACUGAAUCAACCCGGAGGUGGAAAACAACCUGCGUUAACCGCAUGGAUCAUUCGUACAUUAUAUUUACGACCUUGAAGCUUAUUCCUGAUUUUCCGAGAUGACAUUUCUGGCCAGCUCUAUAUAGCCACAAAAAGUUCAUU